AUGUCGGCAACCUAUGGAUCUACCACGAUUAUGCCUGAGAUUCGGCUCGCGGGGCAUCUCGAAGCUACAUUCCCAUACAUUCUCAGUCAUCUCGAAUACAUAAUCGGCGAAUUAUUAAGGAACUCGAUCCAAGCUGUAGUCGAAAAGCAAAGAACUGGUCGUAACAUGAAUAAACCACCACCACCCAUAGAUGUAACAGUCUGCGAAGCACCUCAACACGUAAUAAUUCGAGUGUCAGAUCAAGGAGGCGGUAUACCGCGAGAUAUCCUUCCGUACCUCUGGGCAUUCAGCAAAGGACCGCGCAGCAACCAACGCCUCGAAAACCUCAACCAAGUCCCAAAAAUGGCAGCAACCAUGCAAGAACUACGGGUGACGGAUGAGGCAUUACCUGGACUUCAGGGAAGCGCAGAAACCAUCGGCAAUCAAGGUCCCAGCUCCACAUCCACACACGAAACAUCCCUCUCCUCGUUAACUAGCCGCCCUCCCAAUCUUCGAUUGGGUAUGGGUCUCCCCCUAAGCCGUGUAUAUGCCGAAUACUGGGCUGGGAGUUUGGAGCUGCACAGUCUAGAGGGAUACGGCUGCGAUGCAUUUUUACAGAUAUCCAAACUUGGGAAUAAGAAUGAGCAGUUGACCAUGAGAGCCAGUAUGGAUGCUAUAUAG